GCAUCGGGAUCUGCAUUCAAAGUGAGUGAAGCUUACAUUCUGGAGCGAGCUUGCGUGCAGGUCUUGUUUAUUUGCUGAGACAUGGCCAGUAACCAGGCCAGCCUGCAGGAUGAGCAGAGCAGGCAUUGUAAGUUCUUAUCCUAUAUGUUCUACCAGGCUGUGAGAGACCACAAACCGGUAUGGAUGCUGGAAGAUAUGAGAACUAUGGAAUAUUUUUACUGGGAGGAAAAUGCCAGCCUGAGAACGUAUUCACCUUCGGAAGCCCUUCUCUAUGCAGUGGUGCAUAAUCACCUGCCUUAUGCCCAAUAUCUGCUGUCUCAUUUUCCAGAGGAGGCUCUCAAGGUGCCUGGAGAGCAUUUCUGCUAUUGCCCGUCCUCUGCCCCUCAUUUGGCCAUGGCAGUCACAUACGACAGGAGGGACAUUUUGGGGCUGAUCAUCAAGAUUGCACACAAGCUACCCAGCUUAAACUCCUACAUCAACAGGACCGGCUGCUUUCAUCUGGAAGAUGGCAAGACCCCGCUGCAUCUUGCCUGCGAACUGCUGAGGUCAGAGACCGUCCUCAUCCUCCUAGGGAACGGGGCUUCUCCCAGGAUCGAGGACAGCAAAGGGCUCACCCCAUUGGAUGUCAUCCUGGAGCAGAUGUGGGACUCCAAAGUCAACGUGGCAUCAAAAAAGCUCUGCCUCGAUUACCUCUUGCUCUUCAUGCCUAGCCCACAGUUUAAGAUGCGGAGAGUUCUGCAGGAUCACCCAGACCACUGGACAGCUUUGCUAGGGGAAGACAAAUUCAACACCCUGGUGGGGAACACACCUGCUUCUUUAUACCUGCAAGCUAUGCAAACUAUUCUCCAGUCUCUCCCACCUUCCCACUUUCCUAAAAGCAUCCAGGAACUACCUAUACCUCAGGCACUAAAGCCCCUACCUUCCUACGGCAAAAAGUUACAGACAAAAAAUGUGGUAAAUGUUUUUCCUUGACUAUUUUGGGGGGGUUGGAUUUUCAAAGGCACCUAAGGGAGUUAGGCACCUACCUUCCCUAGAAUUUCAAUGAGAUUUUGGUACCUACCCCCCAUGGGCCCCAUUUGAAAAUCCAAUAUUUUAUGAGAAGAUUUUCAGUGUUUUUCUAAUCGAUUGCAGGCACGGCACUUUUAAAAGCAAAAUCCUUCUUUUUUUAUUGUUGUGCAUGUGAAGGGUUAAGUUUUAUUGAAGCAAUUUUUUUAACUGCCAGCUGAAAUCAGUGUAUCUAAAUUCCCAGUAUAUUAACAUUAUCCUAUGUAAAUUAUGCCGGUGAAAAAGAAUGACCUGUCCAUUGGGAUUUGCAAAUACUGUAACUAUGGAACUGUAUUCUACCAGCCCUAUAAAAACCAGCAACGGGGUUGAGAUGUCAGGUUUCCUUUCUGCUCCAGUCAUGAUCAGAAAUCCUGUGGCUCACAAUACUCUUACUGCAGUGGUGUUGAGUCAGUGCUGCAGACUACUAUUGCAUUUCCUCAAUUAGAGCCAGGGACGCGGUGUUCUUGCUCAGAGGAUAAAGACAGGCAGCAUACUGAUGAGAAGGCAUCCUUUUUUUAUUUGGGAGUGAGAGGGUUAAAGGCGAUCCCAGUGCUGAAGCUUCUAUAGAAUUGUGCAGUGGGGCGGGAACCAUCUUUCAUGCUGUUCAGCGAAAAAAUGCAAAUCCGGGCAAUACCAGCGAGUGGAAGUCCAUCUUUAAGGAGUGACAUUUAGUUCCCCGGGA